AUGGUCGCGACCGCGACGACGACAGAGGUGCUGGUGACCGUGCCCGUGAUCGUGACCGGGACACUGCCCCGACGGAUGCACGAAAGCGCGACGACGCCAGAAGCCGGCGAGAUCGCAGUAACAAGCGCGGCGACGAGUUACGGAAGGACCGGAGCCGCGACAAGGACCGAAGCCGCGACAGGGACCGCAGCAGUGACCGGAACGGCGACCGUGGCUCGGGCGGUGGCCGUGGCGACCGCGAGCGGGAUCGCGACCGCGAAGACCGCGGCCGCGACAACCGUGCCAGAGUCGGCCGCAGCCGCUCCCAGCGAGGCGGCGGAGACCGGGGCCGGGACGGCAAGGGCAGCGACGAGAAGGACCGCGACCGCGGCGGUGGCGGCCGAGACCAGGACGGCGACCGGGACCGCGACGGCGGGCGCGGCGAGCGCCAUGCCGACAGGGAGCGCGACAACCGCGACCGCGACCGCGACCGGCGCGACAGGGACCGCGACGACCGUGAUCGGGACCGGGACAAGGACCGCGACGACAGGUCGGGGCGCACGAAGCUCUGCCUGGGUCUGGGACGGGAGGAACGGGGACGAGGGCCAACGGCAGCCCUGCCAGGUUUUGGGCAGGGCUCGGUGCCGGUGUCGCCGCAGACGUGGCCCGCUCGGGGCGGGCGUCGAUUGCCCCACGGCGGCCGCGGUCGGUGUGGCGCACCGUCUCCGCUCUUCGGAGCCGUCCCCAUCUUUGCUGCCCCCGGCUGAGCGUGCCGAGGAGAGUGGGUCAGGGGUCAGCAAUUUCCUUCGGAUCCCCUCCUUGCCACAGGCUUCUGCUCAGGCCGCUGUUUCUCGUGUCGGCUCGCCUGCUGCAGGUUGA